GGGGGGGAAAGGGACCUAGAAGGGGCGGGGCCUCACCACAUAAACCCCGCCCCCUCGGCGCCCCUCAUCUACAUAAGGGGCGGGGCCAGGCCGAGGUCCAUUCCUAAGGCCGGCGGAAGGCUGUUGCUGAGGGAAAAGGAGAGGCGUUUUGUUCCGUGGAGCCAAGGAUGGCCCAGCUUCCGGUGAAGAAAAAACGCCAGCCGCCCGUCAGCCUUCCAGCCGACCCAGAGUGCUGUGUGCGCUUCCCCGGAGUGGUCCUCUGCCUGGUAGAGAAGAAGAUGGGCCUCAGCCGCAAGGCUUUCCUCGCCACUUUGGCCCAACGCAAGGGCUUCUGCGUGGAGGAGGCCAGCAGUGAGAGAGUGACCCACGUUGUGUCGGAGGGCAACUCGGGUGGCGAGGUGGUCGAGUGGUUGAAGCGGAAGUCGAGCCCUUGCAUGGAAGCUGUCGGGCAUGGCGUGGCGCUGCUAGAUCUCAGCUGGUUCACAGAGAGCAUGAGUGCAGGGCGACCCGUGGAGAUCGAACCCAGGCACCGGCUGCAGGUGGCUGCCCAUGCGAAGGAGCUCGAGGGCCAAUGCCAGGUGUCGGCCUAUGCUUGCCAACGUCGGACUCCACUGGAGCACAACCAUCAAAUGCUUACAGAAGCUCUGGAGAUCCUCGCAGAAGAGGCCCACUUCUGGGGCAGUGAAGGGCGCAGCCUGGCCUUUUCCAGGGCUGCCUCUGUACUCAAGUCCUUACCUUGGACUGUCAGGAAAAUUCAGGAUUUGAAGUCUCUUCCUUGCAUCGGAGAACAUUCGAGGAGAGUCAUCCAGGAGAUCUUGGAAGAUGGUGUGUCUUCAGAGGUGGAGAAGAUCCGACAAUCUGAGCGAUAUCAAACUAUGAAGCUUUUCACAAAGAUCUUUGGCGUUGGAGUGAAGACUGCCAGCCGGUGGCAUCAGGAAGGGCUGAGGACGUUGGCUGACCUGCAGGCACAUCACACCAAGCUCAGCAAGGAGCAGCAGGCCGGUCUACUUCAUUAUGAGGACCUCAGUACGCCAGUGACGUUCUCCGAGGCAGAGGCCAUUGGCCAAUUGGUGCGAGACGUGGUGGAGCAGUGUUUGCCCGGUGCCUCUGUGACCCUGACUGGUGGUUUUAGAAGGGGGAAGCAAAGUGGCCAUGACGUGGACUUGCUCCUCACGCACCCCGUGGACGGUCAAGAGAUUGGACUGUUGGGCAAAGUCAUUGCCCAGAUGGAUAGACAGGGCUUCUUGCUGUAUCACAGCAUCCACAGAAACACUUUCCAGUCCUUUGAAGACGAAGCUCAGGAGAUCAGAGACAGCACAACGUCCAUGGAUCACUUUGAGCGAUGCUUCUCCAUUUUCUGCCUCGGCUGCUUCCCUGGAGGCAUUCCUGGAAGUGCUUCCGAAGCCCGGCGACCGAACAAUACAGAACAGGUUUCUGGAACAACUGGUUCCUGGAAAGCCGUCCGGGUGGACUUAGUUGUGACUCCCUGCAGUCAGUUUCCCUUUGCUUUGCUGGGCUGGACUGGCUCGCAGAAUUUUGAGCGAGACCUCCGCCGUUUCUCAAAGCACGAGAAGAAGAUGACCCUCAACAGCCAUGCCCUCUACGACAAAGGAAAGAGAACAUUUUUGACCGCGGCCUCUGAGGAAGAAAUCUUCAACCAUUUGGAUUUGGAGUAUAUUCCCCCCGAAGAGAGAAAUGCCUGACACUUGCUUUGAAAAGAAACUUCUUGGCCUUUGAAUUCACUACCUCAAACAAACGGCUGGCUUUGCUGCACCGACAUGGAUUGUGCACACCUCUUCAUGAAUUCCUUGGAUUCACUUCUUUUGGUGUCAGUACAUUAAUUUUCCCACUGAUUCAUAAAUGAGUUGGUUGAAACAGAGAUUGUAGAGUGCAAGCUGUUCCUCAAUAGUGUCUGCAUUGCUCACAGAAGUUUAAAAAAAAAACACUCUUUCACA